AAGCGCCGCAGCUUCACCUGCGAAAAGCACAAAAUAUCUACACACACUUACCUACUUUACGAGUUGCUAUUAUACUUUCAGUGCGUGUAUAAUUAUUAAAACGUACGUUAUCAGCCGUUUUAUUUUGCCAAAUGAACUCUAAUAAUUUCGGGUUAUAAUUAUAUUCUUAAUUUGUUUUUUUUUUUUAAUUCAACCCAAGUACUUUCUGCGGCUUCGAAAGAAGUUUGAGAGCGUCAACUUUUUCAACUUUUCGAAAAUUCAACAGGAUUUGGCAAGUACCUAGCUGAAUUUACAUCAACAUGAGGUUUCUUCACCGUCUCACUUCACUAGUGACAAUGACUCUACUUCUAUCAACGACGUGUUCCAGUGCCGACGACGAACACCACAAAAGAGCUCCCUCGGGAUUCACAGGAGUGAGAGGCAAAAAAUCAAUACCCGAUGAGGCUUACAAUAGCUCAGACGACGUGGAGAGUAGUAAUUCGAUUCAAAACCAGCAGCAAACAGAUUUUGUUCCUUCUACAGAAACAGAACCUCCAUCAUCCUACGUAAUUGAAAAGCGAGCACCAUCAGGGUUCUUCGGAAUGAGAGGAAAGAAGCCGCUAAAUUCACCUUAUUAUUGGUACAACUAUCCGGAAGAAAUGUAUAAGCGAGCUCCGAUGGGUUUUGUAGGAAUGAGAGGCAAAAAAGAAACUUUGGACGAAAACGAUUAUUCCUAUUACGAUGAGCCCUCAAAACGUGCACAGAUGGGAUUCUUCGGGAUGCGCGGUAAGAAAUACUUAAUCCAACCUGUAUAUCAGGGCGACAAACGCGCUUCCAUGGGAUUUGUUGGAAUGAGAGGCAAAAAAGACUUCGAAAACUCGCAGGGCUACUUUGAAGAUACCAAACGAGCUCCGUCAGGAUUCUUCGGGAUGAGAGGCAAAAAGCAACCGUCGGGUUUCUUUGGAAUGCGCGGUAAGAAAUUUCCCUACGAGUUUAGAGGAAAAUUCGUCGGUGUCAGGGGUAAAAAAUCGUCAGACAUCACAAUACCCAACGAGUAUUAUCCAGACUCAAAUUUGGCCAGAUUGAGUGACGAUUUGGAUAUCAAUCAGCUGAUGUUGUUACUGACCCAACAGAAUGAGUAUAGUCAGUAAAGGUUGUGUUAGGAAUUUAAAUAGAAAUUUUAUGUUUACAUUGGACUACACCAAACAAACCAAAUGAUCUUCUUUCUCUUCAACUAUUCAAUACUUUUAGAAAAAAAAAAUAUAAUGAAUUUCUAUACCUACCUACCUAUAACAGUUAAAUUUAUUUUUUCAUGUCCCUUCCUUGAAAUAUUUAAUAGAUAAAAUAAACAAACAACUUGUACCAGAUAUUGUUUAAAUAUUUCUAGACAGGCUGGAAAUAUCGAGGAAUAAUCUUAUUAUGGUCAUUCCUUGAUAUGUAUUAGAAAUAUUUAAACAAAUUCAUUUAUAUAGAUUGAAAGUAUAAUUAUAGCAAUUUUUAUUUUAUAAUCUUUACAUUUUAAUUUAAUUCAUUUCUUUUCAGAAAUUUUUUAUUGUCAAUUAACUACCUAUAUAUGUAUAAGAUUUUGAAAAUGUGCAUUUGUUAUAUUUUUGCUGAUAUACCUAUGCAUAUUUUUCAAAUUAAAAAAUAACUUACAAAAUAUUUAUUGAUAAAAUAAAUAUCUUUCAUAAAGUAUGUAUACCUCUACCUUCUAGUAAUUCGAGAUAAUACAAGAAUCAAAAAUAACAAAAAUACAGAAAUUGUAUUGUAGAUAAACAAAAGAGAAAAAUGUAGUAUUAUAAAACCCCGUUACUGUAGUUAGUUCUAAAAUUUUGACUAUAUUCUGUUAAAAACGUACUUAUAAAAAUUAAAAAUAAAUUAUAAUAGUGUUUCAAUGGGCA